CACUCGCUCACUCAUAUUUCCCAUGAUACAAUGCGAAAGUGACCGUUAAUGCCUGUUUGUUCUUGUUGACAGUUAUUUUCUACUUUUUGAGAAUAAACAGAUCAAAUGAAUGCGAAUGAGCGAAUUCAGACGCAGCUACCGCGUUUUUUGGCUAAAGGUUGCAAGCUUUCAAUCGAGUGGCUUUUGGCAUGAGCCUCUAUGGAUGCCGUACUUACACGUGUACGCAACACGGAUGUUAUUUAAGUUGUUUUGGGAGGAUGAGGUGAAAUAACGCAUAGAAAUAAUAGUUGCUAAGUACCCGGCUUCAAUUGUAAACAUAACCGAUAUCUGUAACAUUCGGAGGACAUAAAAUACAAUGCAUAUGUUGAUGGUUUAACAAAUUGCAAAAUGAGUCUUCAGAUGUAUUCCAGGAUUGUGCGUUUAUGUAAAGGGCUGAUGAUUCACACAGCACACAAACACUCCGCAACAACAGCGCAGCUCUCAGAGAAAAAACUGAGCCGUUAUUUUGUGGAUUGUCGUAGGGUGAGGGUUGUGGCAGGUUCAGGGGGUAAUGGAGCUUCCACUUUCCACAGUGAGCCUAGGAAAGAGUGGGGUGGCCCCGAUGGCGGUAACGGAGGUGCUGGAGGAGACAUUAUCAUUAAAGUGGACCCGCGCGUAAAAUCACUUGCAUCAGUAUCAGCAGUGUAUUCUGGAAAAAACGGAGAAGCAGGGCGCAAUAAGGACCGCUGCGGACGCAGUGCCAGUUCCACUUACAUUUUAGUCCCCCUGGGCACCAUUAUAAAGGAAGGGGGUAAGUCAGUAGCAGACCUCUUAUGUCAUGGCCAGAUGUACACUGCUGCAUACGGGGGAGUGGGAGGAAAGGGGAACCACUUUUUCUUGUCUAAUGAAAACAGAGCUCCCAUUAAUGCCACGCCUGGAGAAAGGGGACAGGAACGAGUCUUUCAACUGGAGCUGCGGACCAUGGCCCAUGCUGGACUGGUUGGUUUACCAAAUGCAGGCAAGUCCUCUCUGUUAUGUGCCAUAUCUAAUGCCCGCCCAGCUGUGGCAGCUUACCCCUUCACCACACUAAAACCUCAUGUGGGCAUUGUUAAAUACAGAGACCACGAGCAGGUGGCAGUAGCUGACAUUCCUGGGCUUACUCCAGAUGCUCAUUUGAAUAGUGGCCUUGGCAUUUCUUUCCUAAGGCACAUUGAGCGCUGUCGUAUUUUGUUGUACGUACUGGACAUGUCUUCUGCAGAACCCUGGAAGCAGCUGCAGCAGCUGUGCUUUGAAUUGGACCAAUACAAAAUGCAUCUGUCACAAAGAUCUAGUGCUAUCGUGGCCAACAAAAUGGACUUGCCAGAUGCCUUGAACAACCUUAGGUCUUUGAGGAAUCACGUCCAUCAGCGGGUUAUUCCCGUUUCUGCACUGACAGGAGAUAACAUAGAGCAGCUCAUUUUACACUUGAGAGAGCUGUACGACGACUACCCAGUAGACAGUGAUUAGUUGAUAUUCAUAAAAAACAUUGGUACAGGAAUAUCUGAGUUGUUAUAAAACAUUUAAUGCUUAUGAUGUUCUUAAAAAAGGGCAAUGACACUUGCGAUUUUUUUGGCUUAAUUCAUUGUUCAAUGGAAAUGGCAUAUUUUUUUAAUUAACAAAGUUGAUUCAAUAGCGCAAAAUUUUAUUUUAUCAAUAUGCUGUAACAAAAUCUUCUGUACUGAACUCUCAAAACAUCAGUUUACAGCAAAACCUUUAACCGAUGAUACAAUGUGAAAACUAUACAAAAGAAGACAAAAUAAAUGUUAAGUAAAUCCCUUAGAA